AUGGCCAUCAAACCUGAGGAAAAUCAGUCCGACCAGUAUUGCACGCUUUUGCAGUCCAUUUUUUUGUAUUCCAAUAACAACCGUGUCCUUAAGCUCCGCCAUGUUAGCUCCGGCGACUAUGUUACGUACUUUGGUGGUAGCGGCUAUUGUUGCGGUUUAUUGUCUUCAGCGACUGACAAAUACAACGGCAAUUAUGAUGUGUUCACCUUCAUUGACUGGAAAUCCGUCGUUAUGUUGCCUAACCUUAUCAGGAUCAAGGGCGACAAUGGAAACCACCUUAAGGCCUUCCAAGAUGGGUUUAUGGACUACAAUUUCGAAGCCGAUAAUUCCUCAUUGUUUGACUACGAGGUGUUUCCAAGUCGCAACGGAGGCAUCCGCCUAAAGAGUACUCACUUUGGCACCUAUUGGAUGGACAUGGAUGAGAGUUGUUGGGUAUUGUUAAAGCAGGCUUCCACCACUGUCCAUGAAACCAACACUGUAUUCUUACCCACGAUACUUGAAGGCAACCGCAUCAUGAUGCGAUCUUUGAAGAACAGUUAUUUUUGCAACAGAUACAAUGGACAAGAUAAAUGGAGCUGCCUCGCCACACUUGCUAACUAUCCGGACAAGUGGAGCUCCAUGGACAUUGAGGAGCCCGUUAUCUCAAGGAAGAUAGAUAAUAUCGUAUAUCACCUUACGGAUGCAAGGGUUUACAAUGAGAAAACUCUUGCAUUUAUCACUGAUGAUUCGAGCAACUAUACUGAAGAGACCAUCACGUCACAGUUGAACCUCAAGACUACAGUGAUCAAUACAACUAAUUGGAGUAACAGCGUCACGCUGAAAGUGGGUGUCAAGAUGAGUUAUACGGCUGGUAUCCCAAGCAUAUCAUCGGGUAAGUUUGAAAUUUCUACUGAGGCCACUGGAUCGCGGAAUUGGGGACAAACGGAUACAGAAAGCAAAGAGGUGGGAUCUGUGAAAACUGUCACUGUGAAACCUAUGUCUAGAGUUAAGGCGAGUCUGAUGGCAACGCGGCUUUCGUACGACAUACCCUUCUCCUACACUCAGUAUGACGUCCUAAUGAAUGGGACUACAAAAGUUUCCGAAAAGAACGAUGGCAUUUUUACUGGCCAGAAUGGCUAG